CUCUCGUGUUUAACGCUAAAAAAAACUAGCCUAACCCCUUCUUAAAGCAACCCUCUUUGUCACUUCCUCUUGUUGGUAAAGGGCGAUUAACACAAUAAACCUUUACAGCAAUAUCACAUCAACUUGUCAUCUUAUAAUUGAACUGUAUGUAAAAAAAAAAUUUCAGAAGAGGUUACGUACCCUCCUUUCUUGUCAUGGAGGUGGAGAAUCAGAAGCAAAGAAGAUAUCAAAAGCUACGCAAUUGGUUCAAUAGCAAGCAAAAGGAAGAUAGGCCAUCUUCAUUCAGUUUGAACGAAAUACAAGAUGGAGCAGAAGAUGAGAGUGAUGACUAUGAGGGCAAUCUCUCCCUGCGGUCAUUGGAAUUAGAUCCAUGCAUUUCAACAAAUAAACUAAGGGUCUUUGUUGGUACUUGGAAUGUUGCUGGAAGAUCUCCUGUAGGAAGUUUGGCUGUUGACUUGGAUGAGUGGUUGAAUCUCAAGAAUGCUGCAGAUGUAUAUGUUCUGGGGUUUCAAGAGAUUGUACCUUUGAAGACCUUAACUGUGAUAGGAGCAGAGGAUCCAGCUGUGGCAACAAGCUGGAACCAGCUAAUAGGAAAAACACUGAAUGCCAAGUUUGGAUGCCCUUGGAUGACACCAAUGCUAAAUUGUUCAUCAUGUGAUGAUGAUGACAAUAAUUACCAGUAUGUGGAGAAUCCAAACACCAAAGGUGGCAACAACAGCAACAAUGAUAAGUACACACUAGUGGCCAGCAAGAAGAUGGUUGGAGUGUUCAUAAGUGUGUGGAUGAGGGAAGAGGUGCUGAGGAAGCAUUGUGUCUCAAAUGUGAGAGUGUGCUCAGUGGCAUGUGGGGUGAUGGGGUAUUUGGGAAACAAAGGAUCAGUGGCAGUUAGCAUGUCAAUUGAAGGAACAAGUUUUUGUUUUGUAGCAGCACACCUAGCAUCUGGGGAGAAGAAGGGUGAUGAAGGGAGAAGGAACCAUCAGGUAGCAGAAAUUUUUAGGAGAACCUCUUUUUCUAGGACCACAAAAGACCAUCAUCAUUUUCCUCUAACCAUCUUAGGCCACGACCGUAUAUUCUGGUUCGGGGAUCUGAACUAUAGGCUAUACUUGGAGGACAAUUUUGCGAGGCAUUUGAUAAGAAAACAAGAUUGGAAGGCUUUGCAAGAGUUUGACCAGCUCCAGAAAGAACUAGAAGAAGGUGGAGUGUUCGAGGGUUGGAAAGAAGGUGACAUAGAAUUCGCCCCAACAUAUAAGUACUCAUCCUCCACUACCAAUAGAUACUGUGGUAGCCUCCCUAGUAGAUCCGGGGAAAAACAAAGAACUCCAGCAUGGUGUGAUAGAAUUCUAUGGUAUGGUAAAGGAGUGGAGCAACUUCACUAUUUUCGGAGUGAAAGCAAGUUCUCUGAUCAUCGCCCCGUUUCAGCACUUUUCUCUACACAGAUUGAAAUUAAAUCAUCUAACAGAGGACUUAUGGGGUUGCAUAAUAUCCCCCCAACAAUGUUGAAUCCCAAGAAUGGGAUGAACAAAGGAGAUGAAGACGGAAAAUCUUCCUUAUUAUCGUCGUUAACCAAGAAUGUACAAGGCUGCUAACACUAGCAAAUAAAACUUUCGUUUAAAGGGGUGACACAAAUUUUCAGCCAGGUCAUGGUCAUCACAAAAAUGACACAUAAUUGCUUUUCCUAAAACCCCACAUUUUUUUGGAUAGCAGGAUUUGGAAGGUUAUUGUUAGAUGACAAGGCAUGGUAAAUACAAUUGGUGUUGAUAAUCAAGGUGGAUGUUAGGUCUAUUGUUGAAAGGUCUAAGUCCAACUAAGAAAUAAUUUACAAUAUAAAUUUUGUGAAUUAUACAAAUAUCAUUGAUCAGAAAGGGUGGAAUCUACUAAAAACUAAUAUAAAAAAGAAUAUUCGGUUCA